CCCUCUUGUGUCUACACAGGUUCAAGCCUCUGCAGAAGGUGGACAGCAUGUCUGACAGUCUGUGUGGGAGCUCGCAGCACUGCAGCAGCACUCCAGAGCAGUCUGUGGCUGCUCAGAGCCAACACCACCAGCAGUACAUAGAUAUGUCUCACAGCCUGCCUCCGUUUCCAACUCCUGACUUGGGCACCCAGCCUCUGCCUGAGCGCAUCAACAUGAAUGAUAUUAAGAAGUUGCAGACGCUCUACAGAGACCACUGCGAGGCUACUUUGGAUGUGGUGAUGAACCUCCAGUUCCACUACAUUGAGAAACUCUGGCAGACGUUUUGGUAUUCAACACCGCCACCUAGUGAUGGAAGCACAACCCUUCCCAGCAGUGAUGAUGAACCGGAAGGUGUGAUUCCCACAGAGAAGCUGGUGGCUCUGUGUAAAUAUGAGCCUGUCAGGCUGUGGAUGAGGAGCUGCGAUCACAUCCUCUACCAGGCCCUGGUGGAGAUCCUGAUCCCCGACGUGCUGCGACCUGUUCCCAGCACUCUCACUCAGGCCAUCCGUAACUUUGCCAAGAGUCUGGAGGGCUGGCUGACUAAUGCCAUGACCAGCUUUCCACAAGAGAUCAUCCGCACUAAGGUGGCCGUGGUCAGCGCGUUUGCUCAGACUUUGAGACGAUACACCAGUUUGAACCACUUGGCCCAGGCGGCGCGUGCCGUCCUCCAGAACACCUCCCAGAUCAACCAGAUGCUCUCCGACCUCAACAGGGUGGACUUUGCCAACGUCCAGGAGCAGGCGUCGUGGGUGUGUCAGUGCGACGAAAGUGUGGUUCAGCGUCUGGAGCAGGACUUUAAGGUCACCCUGCAGCAGCAGAGCUCUCUGGACCAGUGGGCCACCUGGCUGGAUAACGUGGUCUCUCAGGUUCUGAAGCCUCACCAGGGCAGCCCCAGUUUCCCCAAAGCUGCACGCCAGUUCCUGCUCAAAUGGUCUUUCUACAGCUCCAUGGUGAUCAGAGAUCUGACUCUGCGCAGUGCAGCCAGCUUCGGCUCCUUCCACCUUAUUCGCCUUCUUUACGACGAGUACAUGUUUUACCUGGUGGAGCAUCGCGUGGCUCAGGCCACUGGAGAAACUCCUAUUGCUGUCAUGGGAGAGUUCAGUGACCUGACCUCUAUGAUGCCUUCACUCAUGGAAAAAGAUGCGUCUUUCUCAGAUGAGAUGAGUGAUUUGGGCAGCGACGCCGAUGCAUCCAGAGGACCGACUGAACCGGCCGUGAAGAGAGAGAGGAUCGAAAUGAGCCACCCUCUGCAGGAGAUGCCUUUCGGGUCGCCGCUCUUGGCCCCUGGGCCGAGCAUCCUCCUGCAGUCAGUGUGUGCAAUGUACAUAGACAAGAGUGUAGCAAUGUCAGCUCUCCCCUCACUAGCAUUUAUAAAUACGAGAAGCUCACGGGUUGUUUCUUUUUACGCCACUCUGCAACAGGUCUGAGCAUCUUUGUUUUUGCGGCAACUGUCAAUGAGUGUGUGCAGUACUUUUCCUUUUUUACUGGAUGUGUGGUGUUGGUGAUUCAUCCUCCCUCUUUUUGUUUUUAAGACUAACUAGCUGUGCCAUAGUGUCAUUUGAGUGCCUUAGAUUGCUAACUUUGAGAUGUCUGUCCCUCAGCUGUGCCUCUACCGCAGUAUGAAUGUAUCGUCUCCAAACCUCAAACAUUCGAAGCACCUUUAACAGUGAUUAUGUGUAGGUGUGCUCUCCUCGUUGCCUUUGCCGCAGCUCGUAGCGAACGCUGGGCAGGCGGGGGGGGGGGGG